AUGGAGCCAAGUCUGGCAUUACUGCUCACCAGCUUGCUCUGCUGGUGCUCGUGCACGAGUUUCCCAAGUAACAUCAACAUCGGCGGCUUGUUCCCGACCGACUCGCAUGAAUAUGAGGUGUUCCGCUUCGCGCUCUCUCAGCAGCACGAGCUCCCCAAACUCAUCCCACAGGUGGACAUGGUCGAUGUGGGCAGCAGCUUCGCCAUGACAUAUGCAUUUUGUUCCCAGUUUUCUAAAGGAGUCUACGCCAUUAUUGGUCUAUAUGAUAAGAAGACCAUGAACAUGCUGAUGUCAUUCUGCGGGGCUCUGCAUGUAUGCUUCGUUACACCCAGCUUCCCAAUCGACACCAACAAUCAAUUCGUGAUUCAGCUCCGGCCCCAGCUGCAGGACGCCCUGAUCGCCCUUGUUGAACAUUACAAGUGGACCAAAUUUGUCUACAUGUACAGCUCAUAUUCAGGUCUGACUGUGUUACAGAAGAUUCUGGAUACUGCAGCAGAAAAGACCUGGCAGGUUACAUCCAUCAACUUCGACACUCUCACAGAAGCAGCUUUCCUAAAGACCAUCCAGGACCUGGAUAGCAAAAAAGAGCACAAGAUUAUUUUGGACUGUGAGCUGGAGAGACUCAACUCCAUCCUUAACUUGAUUGCAGCACAAAGAAAGAACUUGAAGACAUAUCAUUUUAUACUGGCCACCUUGGGUUUUCUGGAUUUGAACCUGACGGCGUUUGCAAAGGGCGGUUCUAACGUGACUGGCCUUCAGCUAAUGAACUACUCAGAUCCCACGGUUAGCAGGACUAUCGAUGACUGGCUGGACUUUGACAGUAAAGACCUAAAGAGCCCUAAGAGGAGACUUAAGUACACCGGAGCACUCACCUAUGAUGGUGUAAGUGUCAUGGCUACAGCCUUCCAGAACCUCAGGAAGCAGCGUAUCGACAUCUCUCGACGGGGAAACGCAGGAGAGUGCUUAGCCAACCCCCCUGCUCCAUGGGGUCAAGGCAUUGACAUCCAAAGAGCACUCCAGCAGGUCCAGUUCGAAGGUCUAACAGGCCAUGUCCAAUUUAACGAAAAGGGACAUCGGACGAACUUCACGGUCAGUGUGAUGGAGCUCGGCCCAAGCGGACCCAAGAAGGUGGGCUACUGGAACGGAAAUGAGAAGUACGUGAGCACAGCGACAUACACCCGUUCUCUCAACGAGACGUUCAGCAUGCACAAUAGGACGUUCGUAGUCACCACCAUUCUAGAAUCUCCGUACGUAAUGCUAAAGAAAAACAACGAGCAGCUGGUGGGGAACGAUAAGUAUGAAGGCUACUGCGUGGAGCUGGCUGCUGAGAUUGCCAAGCAUGUGGGCUACAACUACAGGCUGGAACUUGUACCGGAUGGCAAGUAUGGAGCCAGAGACCCUGAAACUAAAAUGUGGAAUGGGAUGGUUGGGGAGCUGGUAUAUGGGAAAGCCGAUGUAGCUGUAGCUCCUCUCACCAUCACCCUCGUCCGAGAAGAGGUCAUAGAUUUUUCCAAGCCUUUCAUGAGCUUGGGAAUCUCUAUUAUGAUCAAGAAGCCCACCAAAUCCAAGCCCGGCGUGUUCUCCUUCCUGGAUCCGCUGGCCUACGAGAUCUGGAUGUGUAUUGUGUUUGCCUACAUCGGCGUGAGCGUGGUCCUGUUUCUGGUGAGCCGGUUUAGCCCGUACGAGUGGCAUAGUGAGGAAUCUGAGGACGGUGGAGAGCAGCAGAGUCAGAACCGGACACCAUCACCAGAGGCCAGCCAGUCCCAGUUACAGGGUCUGCAUGGUCAAAACCAGAACCAACAGGAGAAGCAGGAGAAACAACCUGAGCACACUAAUGAGUUUGGGAUCUUCAACAGUCUUUGGUUUUCCCUGGGCGCCUUCAUGCAGCAGGGCUGUGAUAUCUCACCCAGAUCGCUCUCUGGUCGGAUUGUCGGGGGUGUCUGGUGGUUUUUUACCCUCAUCAUCAUCUCCUCCUACACGGCUAACCUAGCUGCUUUCCUCACUGUGGAAAGGAUGGUGUCACCCAUAGAGAGCGCUGAAGACUUGGCCAAGCAGACGGAGAUUGCAUACGGCACCUUGGAUGGAGGAUCCACCAAAGAAUUCUUUAGGAGAUCAAAGAUAGCUGUGUUUGAAAAGAUGUGGUCCUACAUGAAGUCUGCAGACCCCACAGUGUUCGUGAAGACGACUGAUGAGGGAGUAGUGAGAGUCAGGAAAUCCAAGGGAAAAUAUGCCUAUCUGCUGGAGUCCACCAUGAACGAGUACAUCGAACAGCGCAAACCUUGUGACACCAUGAAGGUCGGGGGUAACCUGGACUCAAAGGGCUAUGGGGUUGCCACUCCCAAAGGAUCUGAUUUGAGAAUCCCAGUAAACCUAGCGGUGUUGAAGCUCAAUGAGCAAGCCGUCUUAGACAAACUGAAAAACAAAUGGUGGUACGAUAAAGGCCAGUGUGGAAGCAAGGACUCCGCAAGAAAGGAUAAGACAAGUGCCCUGAGCCUUAGUAAUGUGGCCGGGGUGUUCUACAUUCUGAUCGGAGGACUGGGACUGGCCAUGCUGGUGGCCUUGGUCGAGUUCUGUUACAAGUCCAGACUCCAGUCUCGGAGAAUGAAGCAAAUCAUCGACGCAGCAAUGCUGGGCUCCAGUCUGACUCACGUAGGCGGCGGUGGGGAGAACGGCCGUGUAGUGGCUCAUGACUUUCCCAAAGCGGCACAGACUCUGCCCUGCAUGGGCCAGGCAGCAGCCAUGGGCAUGAGUACCAGCGGCAUGUAGAUGGGAAUGGUUUACAUUCGGCCACAUUGAAGGACUGAGCAGAAAAAUGCAAAAAAAUGCAAAAAGUGACACAGACUUCAUCCAAAUGGACGCUACACACUCUGAACUCUUUAUGAUGAGCAUGAGGGCAAGAUACUUUUCUAAUAUGAAGUUUGGAGAUUUUUUU